CUCCUCUUCCUCCAGGCCUCCAGAGUGAACGGGCUGACGCGGGGCUCCACGGCGGGCGCCAAGAAGGGGCGGGACUUCCGGCUGCCAGCCCGAACUGUGAAGAAGUACACGGCCACCGUGUCCAAGGGCCGCGUCACCUACACCAAAGCCAAGCAGAGGGACCUGGGCGAGAAAACCAAACGGCUCAGCAGCAGCAAACACAGCAACGGCAGCGGGGCCGCUGCCCACAAUCACAGCCACAAUCAGCACAGCCAGCCAGCAGCCGGCCCCCCGCCGGCCCACUCAGGGAGAGCCGCGCCGGUGGCGGUGGCGGCGGCGGCGGCGUCCACAGCGCCGGCCCACCACAGCAAUGCAAAAACCCGCAAACAGGUGCUAAUGUCCAACGGGGGGCUGCUGCACAAGGUGGCCGCGGGCACCCGCCUUAACGGCCGCCUCAACGGGCAGCGCCACAACUACCAGGCCCAGGCUCAGGCGCAGGCCGACAGCCAGGGCCGGGAGGGCCGGGAGGGCCGGGAGGGCCUGCGCCACUCCAAGAGGCGGCUGGAGUCGUCGGGCGGCAGCGGCGGCGGCAGCGAGGCCAAGAGGUCCGGCGCGGUCGCCGCGACGACCGCCACCACCGCCGCCGUCGCCGAGGCCAAGAAGGCCAAGCUCCAGGCCCCUCCCCUGGAGACGCGUAGCAACAGCAGCACGGGCCGGAAGGCGGGCCUGCAGGAGAAGGCCGCCGCCCCGUUGGCGCCGGUGACCAACGGACACGCCCCCGAGCCCACCGCCGCCACGGCGCCCUCCGCCCCGGUCGCCCUGCCCUCCACGCCCCCUCCCCGACAGAGCCCGCCCCCCUCCUCACCAGCAGCCAGCACGGAGCCAAUCAACACGCGGCCCAAGCGGGCGUCGGCGGGCAAGCUGAUGUUGAUCCGACAAGCACAGCAGCAGCAGCAGAGCAGGUCUCACGCUCGCAGCGCCUCCUCCUCCUCCUCCUCCUCGUCCUCCUCCUCUUCCUCGUCGUCGUCGUCCUCCUCCUCUUCCUCCUCCCCCGCCCCGGGCCACAACCCGGGGCGCGCCGGCACUACCUCAGACCCCCAGCACCCGGCGGCGGCGGCCUCCCCCUCCCUCUCCACCUCCUCCCCCUCCUCCUCCCGGACGGGCCUGCACGCCGGCCCCCCCGGCCCGGGGGACCGCGAGCGGGAGUGGGAGCGGGAGAAGGAGCUCUCCCGGCAGCAGGAGGGCGAGCCGGACCGCGAGCGCCGGCGGAGCCGCCCCGAGGGCUGGCCGUCGCUGAGCGCGGCGCCCGUCCUCCGGCCGGGCUCGCAGGAGUUCCAGGAUCCCCUGGUGUACCUGGCGGCGGUGCGGGAGCGGGCGGAGGGCGCGGGGCUGUGCCGCGUGGUGCCCCCCCCCGACUGGCGGCCCGAGUGCAAGCUGAGCGAGGAGAUGCGCUUCGUGACGCAGGUGCAGCGCGUCCACAAGCUGGGCCGGCGCUGGGGGCCCAACGUGCAGCGCCUGGCCUGCAUCCGCAAGCACCUCAAGGCCCAGGGCAUCCGCAUGGACGAGACCCCCGUCAUCGGCGGCUGCGAGGUGGACCUGGCCCGCUUCUUCCAGCUGAUCAACGACAUGGGCGGCAUGCAGCAGGUGAUGGACCUGAAGAAGUGGAACAAGCUGGCCGACCUGCUGCGCAUCCCGCGCUCGGCCCAGGACCGGCUGGCCAAGCUGCAGGAGGCCUACCUGCAGUACCUGCUCUCCUACGACUCGCUGGGCGCGCCCGAGCGCCUGCGGCUGCACGCGCAGGUGCUGCGCGAGAAGCGCAAGCUGGAGGCGCGCCGGGGCCCCCUGGAGGCCCACGCCGACCCCCUGCUGGCGGGGCCCGGCGGGGGCCUGGUGCUGCUGCCGCGCUACGAGCCCAAGAACGGGCUGGCGUGCGGGCUGGUGGCGGGCGCGGCCGGGGCGGGGCACCGGCGCGGCGGCGGCGGCGGCGGGGCGGCGGCGGCGGCGGCCUGUCGUCGACUGCAGGAGCUGGAGGCGCAGGUGAAGGCGGGACGGCGUCGGCUCUUCACUCAGGAACAGCAGAGCGGGCGGCAGGAGGAGGAGGAGGAGGAGGAAGAGGAGGAGGCCCUGUGUGGGGAGGAGGAGGAGGAGGACGAAGAAGAGGAGGAGGAGGAGGAGGAGGAAGAGGAUGCAGGUGUUCUCAGUGACCAGCACAAGUGUAUUUACAAGGGGAAAUCUAUGUCUCUGACCAACUUCUUCAGGAUAGCUCGGAACACCAUGACCAUGUGCUUUAACAAGGACCCCGGGGAGGCCGAGGUGGAGCAAGAGUACUGGAGGAUCGUGGAGCAGAGAGACUGCCACGUCGCAGUGCAUCAUGGGAAGGUGGACACCAGUACUCACGGGAGUGGAUUCCCAACGGGGAAAUCAGAGCCAUUUUCAAAACACGGAUGGAACCUCACCGUCCUGCCUAACAACUCUGGAUCCAUUCUGAGGCAUCUGGGUGCUGUACCCGGGGUGACCAUUCCCUGGCUGAACAUUGGCAUGGUCUUUACUACCUCAUGCUGGUCUCGAGACCAAAACCGCCUUCCAUACAUAGAUUACCUACACACUGGUGCUGACUGCAUUUGGUAUUCCGUCCCUGCGGAGGACAAGGCCAACCUGGACAAGGUGGUCCACACUCUGCUCCAGGCCAACGGCACGCCCGGGCUGGACAUGCUCGAGAAGAACAUCAUGAUCUCCCCGGAGGUUCUGUGUCGUGAGGGCAUCAAGGUGUACCGCACGGUGCAGCGCUGCGGGGAGUUCGUGGUCUGCUUCCCCGGGGCCUUUGUGUCCAAGGUGUGCUGCGGCUACAACGUGUCGGAGACGGUGCACUUCGCCACGCCGCACUGGAUGGACCUGGGCUACCAGGCCGCCAAGGACCUGAAAUGCCGGCGCAUCGCGAAGCCCUUCUCCAUGGAGAAGCUGCUGUACCAGAUCGCCUCAGCCGAGUCCAAGAGGGACAACGGCCUCCUGCUCAACACCAUCGCUGCCCUACUCAAAGACCUCAGGAACAUGGAGAUGCGCCAGCGGGAGGAGCUGUUCCAGGCGGGCCUGCUGUCGUCGGCGCGCUACGGCACCCACGACGGCAGCCUGGGGCCCACCGAGAGCCGCAAGAAGCCGCGCGGGAAGUGGCUACCGCUGGAGUCCUCCGAGAGACGCUGCCAGACCUGCCUGCACCUCUGCUACCUGUCCAUGGUGGUCCAGGAGACGGACAACGUGGUCUUCUGUCUGGAGUGUGCGCUGCGCUACGUGGACAAGCACAAGUCCUGCAGGGGCCUCAAGAUGAUGUACCGAUACGACGAGGAGCAAAUCAACAGCUUGGUGAACCAGGUGUGCGGCAAGGCCCUGGGGAAGAGCGGCGGAGGCGGCGUGGGGGUCGGUGGAGCAGGCGGGGGUGGAGGAGGAGGAGGAGGCGGGCUGGUGGUGGUGGGGGGAGACCUCCGCCACAGCCCCAGCCAGGGGGUCAAAGCCUCUCCGGCCAAGCGGGGGCCUCGCAAGCGUGCCACGGUGGAGGUGUCCCUCUCUCGCCUCAGCUCCGCCCACAUGCCCAAGGCGGCGGCGGCUGUGUCCUGAGUGACCCCUGAACCCCCCCCCCCAUUCAUCGCCCCUCGCCCAUGCCCUGCAUAAGCCCCCCCUCUUGCCUUCCGUCAUGUUUUUUUUCUUUUACCUACUCUCUUCCCAUGCCCCCCCCCCCCCAGACUGCCCACCCAUAUUCAAAAUAUGAUUGUGAGCUUUAGACGCAAAGAUGACCCCGUGAUAUUCACCCUCCCCCCUUAGUAUGACAAGCUUGCUUCUAAGAAAAGGAAAAAAAACGGAAACAGCGAGAUGUCAGUGUUUUUUGCACUAGCGUGAAAGAAGAAUUUAUUUUUGUUUGACUUGUUUCUCUUCUAACUUUCUUCGAGUCGUCCAUUCUUUUGUUUUCGCUCCCUAGCAUUAAGUGUGAAGUUCACAGGUGGACAUGAUGAGCCGGAAAAUAAACUCCUACCCCCCCCCCUACCCUAAACACCAACCGACACACCCAAACAUGAAGAGGGUAACCGUGGUUACCCAGCUGCCUCCCCUCCCCACUUUCACUUCCUUUUCCCUCACAACACAGGCUCCUCAUCACGAAUCACUUAACUGUGAACGCAAGAACAGACGAUAGGGACGUUGGUUUUAACUAAAAUCCCCCCCGACCCAGUUUUUAAUGUAACGUUUAAGUGACACCAAGUAGUGACCCAAAGUUUGGCUCUGUCCUCGCUUCUCAGGACGAGUGGAGUCCAUUUUAUUUUGUUGUUUGUUUCUCUGCCUCGAAACGGCCCCCUUGUGGUUGUUGCCGACGGGAGGGGUCCGGCGAGACGAGGUGAAAACUUGAAAAAGGCGGAUAACGUUUUAUUUUCAUUGACUUUGUUUAUUGUUCUUUUGAUUAUGUUCUGUUGUGGGUUUUAGCUUUUUACUAGCUCAUUUUUUUUCCCCCUCGCGAGAAGUCUUCUGUGUAUUUUCUACUUUGUCGCCGACAUUGCUUCCUCUUGGGUGUACUUGAGGACGGAGGCUUUGCCCUUCCCCUUCCUCUCAGCAGGGAGCCAUACCUCCUGCACUCGCGAGGGGGAACUGUGCCUGAUACACUGCGAGGAGGUCCAUGUUAUUUGGUGCUUUUGGUUAGAAUUACUGUAUAACAAUACAAAAAGAUGAAAGAUCCGGACAGGAGGGGGGGAGGCGGGGGGGUUGGGAGUCAGCAGUUGGUCGAGUCCCUUCCCCCCUACCUCCCCCGUCCCCCCUGUCCCGUCCCAAAGGGCGGGAAAGCGAGAGAGAGGGAGGGAGGGCUUUUCCCGCUCCUAAAUGAUGUGCAAUCGUGUUAACAUUCCAUUCUUCCAGUCGUCUCGUUUCAGCUGUACCGGUAAACAUAUGAAUUAUUAUAUUAUAUUAUAAUUAUUUUUGGGUGUUUUUUCUUUUCUUUUUUUUGAGAUCUUUUUGUUUCCUCUUGUUUUUUUUUUUAUCUAAUGUGCUAUUUUGAGUAGAGCCACUAGUCAAAGAGUGUAAAAUGUGAAAUACAGAGUCCCACAUUGUUUUUGUUUCUCUCCUCUUUGCCGCUGAGACUUUUCAUUGGAUUCCCCCACCUCCCGGCUUGCCCGCCCCAAUUUGCAAAUGUAUUGAGACUUAAAACGGCAACGACAACGAAAAUCUCCCUUUUUGUGUACAUAAUCCUGUAUAUUUCUUUAAAAAAAUACUUGAGCCUUUUUUCUUGGGUGAAGGAAGAAGGAAGGAAGGCAGGGGGAGAGGGGGAGAGAGAGAAUACUUUCUGGUUAAGGAAGAGGAGGAGGAGGUGCCGAUGAAGAAAAAGCCUUACAUUAUCCUUUCUUCAUCCAUGUGAGUUGUGACUGGGUUGCUCCAUUUUAAAGCGUGUAUAAAAACAAAAUUAAGUGCUGCUUAUAUCAGUAAGAAAGGAGACGAGGAGUAGCAACCCCACCCCCCCACCCCUCCCCCACACACACACUCGCCCCCCCCCCCCCCCCCCCCCCCCCCCCCCAACCUAGUUCUGUUUGUUUAGCUUUACUUUUUUAAAGAAAAGGGAAAAAAAAAUGAUAUCAUCACAAAAAAAUGGGUUUUUACAUUUUCAUUACUGAAAAUUCAAGGAGAAUCUAGUAGCUACUCAUGUUGCACUGAGCUUGCCAGUGGUGACUGUCAAGAAUAAAUCCUACUAUCCAGUUUGUUGGUCGUCCUUCCUCCCAGAAGAAUGAACUGUUUUAGGACUAUUUAAUGAAACGCCAAGUCGGGCGUUUUCAACAUUUAAACUAAAUAAAAUAAGUGGUUGUCGAGUUUUUAUGGCCUUACGAUAUAUUUUAUUCAAACCGGUCUUCUUUGCCCCGGACACUCUGGUGCAGUUAUGUUUUUUUGAGUUGUUCUGCAUUUUCUACAGUAUAAAGUACUUUACUCUGGGGUCCAUGGGCCACUUAAUUUAUUAGUACCGUGUCUCCGCCUUUCCCACACGGAAAGAGAGUCCCAUGUUGGUUGUAUUGACAGUUUUUUACUUUUUGCAGUUUAUACCUAAAGGUUUAAUAAAAACUUGCUGACAAUUCACUGUCAUUUCCAA